UACGAGUUGAGGUUGACGAAUAAUAGUGGUGAGGUUUCUGCAGAAGUAUCGAUUAAAGUCAUUUCUGCCCCGAGCUCACCACGUCAGCUGGCAGUUCGUGAUAUCUUUAAAGAGAAAUGUCGUUUGAGGUGGGAGGAACCUGAUGACGAUGGAGGCGUCGGCAUCGAAAAAUACAUUAUUGAAGUUCAUGACGUCACCGACAACAAGAAGCGUACGAUCACGGAAUCGAGCAAGCAAUGCAUCGUGAAUAAUUUGGCACCUGGCCAUUUGUACAAGUUCAAGGUGAAGGCCGUUAACGCCGAAGGAGAGAGUGAUUGGCUGCUCGGAGAGGAUGAGACUCUGGCUAAAGAUCCGUGGGGUGUUCAACCCGGCACUCCAGUCGUGAUAGAUUUUGAUAAGGACAGGGCCGAGAUUCAGUGGACGGCUUCGAAGAAAGAUGGCGGCAGUCCCAUCCUAAAGUACGUCAUCGAGAAGAGACAGAUCGGAAGCACGGAGUGGCAGACGGUCGGCAUGGUACCUCCGGAGGAACUGUGCGCUAUUGUUCCGGAUUUGCUGGAAGGGGAGCGCUACGAAUUCCGUGUUGUGAGCGUCAAUAAAGCGGGAAGAGGUGAAUACUCGGACCCAAGCGAACCAGUUACUAUAAAAGCCACAAAAAUUGCUGCCAAAAUUGAUCACACGAGUUAUGAAUCAUCGCUAAAAGUUAAAGCUGGACAUGAUUUCCAUCUUGAGAUUUUGUAUUACGGUCAGCCCGUACCGAUCGUUGAGUGGACAUCGAGUCAAGGGGAUCCGUUGAUAGAUGAUCCGGAUCAUUUCACAGUUAGAACGUCCCAAAAUUGUUCUAUGCUAUCCUGCAAGGAAUGUAAGAGGAAUCAUUCCUUGAAAUAUGUGGCUACUGUUAGAAAUAUGCAUGGUAGUGACAGCGCAACCAUUGAUGUACAUGUUGUCGACACUCCUGGCAAACCGACUGGAUCUUUGCAACUCUCGAAUAUUCGCAAGAGUAGUGUUGUACUGAAAUGGGAGCAUCCGGUCAAUACCGGUGGCAAACCGAUAACCAACUAUGUGGUCGAAAAGAGACAGAUGGAUCUAGGCGUCUGGGACCAGGUCAGCCAUUUUGUGCCCGCCACAACUUGCGAACUGAAAGUCGACAAGUUGCAGUCUGGCGAGGCUUACUUGUUCAGGAUUGCGGCAGAGAACGAAGAAGGAAGGAGUGAAUAUCUGGUCUGUGACGAGCCAGUGGUCGUCGAGAAUAAAUUUGGUUAG